AAAAGCGGAAACAAAAGAGUCUCGCCGGCGUCCCCGCCCGCACACUCGCGCACACUCGCGCUCGGGCGCACACGGAGCAGGGACCGGCGCCCGGAGCGAGCCAGGGAGCGGCUAACCGGGGACCCACCGCGCGGAGCCAGCCUAGCUGCCAGCGAGCCCAACCCGCGACGACCCACGCCCCUGAGCCCCGCAGCCGACCCCUGCCGGCCGGUGUCCCCACCGCCAUCCCUGACCCAUGGCGCUGAAGAGGAUUCAGAAAUUAUACAGACAUAAAGUAUACAGCUUGACCAAUUUUUACAAAGUGAACAAACCUGUGAAACCAGCACCCAGCUCAAGAAAUAGUAUUACAAGGACCCUAGAAACCCUUUCUUCUCCCUUCUUAGCUUUACCUCUGUCGUCAAGGAAUUGAGUGAUCUACAGCGCGAUCCACCUGCUCACUGUUCAGCUGGACCUGUGGGAGAUGACUUGUUCCACUGGCAAGCCACUAUUAUGGGGCCUAUUUGUUUGGACAAGUCACAGCACUGUGUGUGUCCUGUUUUUGUUUUGUUUUAAAUUUUAUGAUGUCGGCAUAGUUGUUGGAAAAUCCUCCUUCGUACCUGCAGAGAAACCUGUUCUCAAGCCUGAUAGCGCAUAUCAAGGUGGAGUCUUCUUUCUCACUGUACAUUUUCCGACAGAUUAUCCUUUUAAACCACCAAAGAUUGCUUUCACAACAAAAAUUUACCAUCCAAACAUAAACAGUAAUGGAAGUAUUUGUCUCGAUAUUCUGAGGUCACAAUGGUCACCAGCUCUGACUGUAUCAAAAGUUUUAUUGUCCAUAUGUUCUCUACUUUGUGAUCCUAAUCCAGAUGACCCCUUAGUACCAGAUAUUGCACAAAUCUAUAAAUCAGACAAAGAAAAAUACAACAGACAUGCAAGAGAAUGGACUCAGAAAUAUGCAAUGUAAAAAUCAAAAACAUUUUCAUAUAUACCAGAGUACUGUAAAAUCUAGGUUUUUUUCAACAUUAGCAGUAAAUUGAGCACUGUUUACUGUUUCAUUGUACCAUGAAACCAUUUGAUUUUUACCCAUUUUAAAUGUGUUUCUGAAGCAAGACAAAACAAACUUCCAAAAAUACCCUUAAGACUGUGAUGAGAGCAUUUAUCAUUUUGUAUGCAUUGAGAAAGACAUUUAUUAUGGUUUUUAAGAUACUUGGACAUCUGCAUCUUCAGCUUACAAGAUCUACAAUGCAGCUGAAAAGCAACCAAAUUAUUUUUUGCUGAAACUAGAUGUUUUUACAUGAGAAAUACUGUAUGUGUUGUCUAAGAUGUCAGUUUUAUAAAUCUGUAUUCAGAUUUCAUUCUUUGUUAGCUCACUUUAUAAUUUGUAUUUUUUUACUGUAUAGACUAAAUAUAUUCUAUUUACAUGUACGUCAACUCAUUACUUUUUUCCUGUGAACAGUAUUGAAAAACCCCAACGGCUGAUAAUUAAGUGAAUUAACUGUGUCUCCCUUGUCUUAGGAUAUUCUGUAGAUUGAUUGCAGAUUUCUUAAAUCUGAAAUGAUCUUUACACUGUAAUUCUCAGCAUACUGAUUAUGGAGAAACACUUGUUUUGAUUUUGUUAUACUUGACUUAACUUUAUUGCAAUGUGAAUUAAUUGCACUGCUAAGUAGGAAGAUGUGUAACUUUUAUUUGUUGCUAUUCACAUUUGAAUUUUUUCCUGUAUAGGCAAUAUUAUAUUGACACCUUUUACAGAUCUUACUGUAGCUUUUUCCAUAUAAAUAAAAUGCUUUUUCUACUAUUUGUCUUGAUUACUUAAAAAAAUAAAAAUAUAAGUAAGGAUCAAAACUCUAAAAUUUUGCAUGAAAAUUACAUCCAAAUUGUGAAAAUCAGAUCUAUUUUGUUUGCCAUUAGUCACCAUUAGUUAUAUAAAUUUUAUUGUUUUAGGUUAGUAUCUCUUUACUAAAUUGUCAGUCUAUAAGAUAAUAUAUGUUGAUCCCUUGCUGUAGAGGAGAAUUUAGAGUAAUUUGGGGUUUGUCUUGAAUUAUAUCUAAAUGGAUUAUUUGUUAAAAGUACUGAAAUGAGUAUAAGGCAGUAUCACCCAUCCAAAAGAAAGGUCUUUAUAGACCUGCACAGUCACUAGAUUAAUUCAUUAAAAUGCCCCCACCCUGAUGUAAUUGACAUUACAUUUCUUAACAUUUUAAAAUCUAGAGUUUCUAAAAUGGAAUUUAAUGCCAUCACAAUUUGAAAAACUUUUUUUUUUUUUACUAUAGAAGUUACAAAGGAAGUUCUAAAAUUAUGCCUCCCUCUGUUUUUAUAAGUUGCCAUCAAAAAGUGAUUUAAAUAAGCAGGUUAUCUUUAUAGAUUUUAAAGAAAACUAGAAAGUUUUAAUGUUUUAACUUGGGGAAAAAAUACAUCUCUUUAAUGUUUAGCAUGCUUGUCAACCUUGAGUGAGUGUCAUUUUUAAGAACAGUUGUAGCCCUUCUGAUUAUUGCAGUAGCUGUAGAAGUAUGUAAGAAUAUGUGAUGGGUGUAGUCAUUAGCAAAGCAUUUAAAUCACUUGAGUAUUUUGUCAUGGUUCAUUAUUAUUAAAGCACAAAAUAACCUAUUGUUAGAAAAUAUGUGUUUUUAUAAAUGAAUGUAAAAUAAUUAAAUGAAUUGUGAAAUGGAUGUUUAAGAAAAUAUAGGCUUAAAAAGUAAAUCUAUAAAAUGAUGUCUUAAAACAGCCAUAUCAUGAAAAAUUCUACUUAGCUAUAUUAUUAUAAGCUACAUUUGCCCUGAAUUUGAACACUCAACAUCACUAGAUUUAAAUAUUUAGUAUAUUUUGAUAGUAAAGGGUUUUGUUUCUUGAAUAUCUUCACUUUAAACGAAAAAAAAAAACAACUUUCAUUUGUGUGGCAUUUAUUUUUGGAAGUGUCUUCUUUUUUUUCUUUAUUAAAGUUUUUGAAACUUG